AGUUUUUUGGAGCCGUGAGGGAUACAGAAGUUUGAUCAAUAUUGUCUUAACAUGCUUCAGAUAAAUCAGCUUCUCUUCACGAUAAAAUGGCAAAUCCCAAAGAGAAAACUCCAAUGUGUCUGGUAAAUGAGUUAGCCCGUUUCCAUAGCAUCCAACCCCAGUAUAAGCUUCUGAAUGAAAGCGGGCCUGCUCAUUCAAAGAUGUUUUCGGUGCAGCUGAGUCUUGGCGAGCAGACAUGGGAAUCCGAAGGGAGCAGUAUAAAGAAGGCCCAACAGGCUGUUGCAAAUAAAGCUUUGACUGAAUCUACACUUCCUAAACCAGUUCAGAAACCACCUAAAAGUAAUGUCAAUAAUAAUCCAGGUAGUAUAACUCCAACUGUGGAACUGAAUGGGCUUGCUAUGAAAAGGGGAGAGCCUGCCAUCUACAGGCCAUUAGAUCCAAAGCCAUUCCCAAAUUAUAGAGCUAAUUACAACUUCCGGGGCAUGUACAAUCAGAGGUAUCAUUGCCCAAUGCCCAAGAUCUUCUAUGUUCAGUUGACUGUAGGAAAUAAUGAAUUCUUUGGUGAAGGGAAGACUCGACAAGCUGCCAGACACAACGCUGCCAUGAAAGCGCUUCAAGCCCUACAGAAUGAGCCAAUUCCAGAAAAGUCGCCUCAGAAUGGUGAAUCAGGAAAAGAAAUGGAUGAUGAUAAAGAUGCAAAUAAAUCUGAAAUAAGCUUAGUGUUUGAGAUUGCGCUGAAGAGAAAUAUGCCCGUCAGUUUUGAGGUCAUUAAAGAAAGCGGACCACCACAUAUGAAGAGUUUUGUUACGCGGGUGUCAGUGGGAGAAUUUUCUGCAGAAGGAGAGGGAAAUAGCAAAAAACUCUCCAAGAAGCGUGCUGCAACUACUGUCUUACAGGAGCUUAAAAAACUCCCACCUCUUCCUGUGGUAGAGAAGCCAAAACUAUUUUUUAAAAAACGCCCUAAAACAAUAGUCAAGGUCAUAAGUCCAAGUAGAGAGCUGUUGGAUACCUCCAAGGCUGGACCUGAGUAUGGUCAAGGAAUGAACCCCAUUAGCCGCCUGGCUCAAAUCCAGCAGACCAGAAAAGAAAAGGAGCCUGAUUACGUUUUACUUUCAGAACGAGGAAUGCCCCGCCGUCGAGAGUUUGUAAUGCAGGUCAAGGUAGGCAAUGAAGUUGCAACCGGAACAGGACCCAAUAAAAAGAUAGCCAAAAAAAAUGCUGCAGAGGCGAUGCUGUUACAGCUUGGCUAUAAAGCAUCCACUAACCUUCAGGAUCCGCUCGACAAGACAGGGGAAAACAAAGGAUGGAGUGGUUCAAAGCCUGGGUUUCCUGAACCAACGAAUAACACUCCAAAAGGGAUUCUUCAUCUUUCUCCUGAUGUUUAUCAAGAGAUGGAAGCCAGCCGCCACAGAGUGACCUCUGGCACAACUCUAGGCUACUUAUCACCCAAAGAUAUGAACCAACCUUCAAGCUCUUUCUUCAGUGUGUCUCCCUCAUCGACCAGUUCAGCCACAGUUGCCAGGGAACUCCUUAUGAAUGGAACAUCUCCUACUGCUGAAGCCAUAGGUUUAAAAGGAAGUUCUCCUACUCCCCCUUGUUCUUCAGUACAGCCUUCAAAACAACUGGAAUAUUUAGCAAGGAUUCAAGGCUUUCAGGCAGCCUUAAGUGCCUUGAAACAGUUUUCUGAACAAGGGCUGGAAUCAAUUGAUGGAGUGGCGAAUGUUGAAAAGGGUUCUCUUGAAAAACAAGCCAAGCAUCUGCGGGAGAAAGCAGACAAUAACCAGGCAAACCCGGGCUCCAUCACUCAGGACUGCAAGAAAUCAAAGUCGGCCAUCUAGCAGCUCCCAGAACCCACGGCUGCCACUGCGUCCCGUAUAAACCUGUCAGCACGCACGAGGGUGUCUGUGUUCUAGGAAAUGAAUGACUAAUACCAUUAUCUGAGUCUUAUGUGAAGACAACGCUAUUCUAACACAGGAGAUAAUGUACAUGGUACUGUUUAUUCAACUGGGGGAAAAUAAAACUUUGAGCAUUUCCCUUGGAACUUGAGAUCAGAUCAUAACUCAUUUGCCCAGAGGCAACAGAAAUCUGAUCCCACUACUGGAGCUUAAAAAUAACAAUUAAUGAAAAGUGUUAGAAACAAGGCUACAGUUUUAAAAUGACUCAUAGAAAAGUUGGGUUUGGUUCUGUCCUUGCGAUUGCUUUGUUCUGGCGAGUGUGUUGUUCUAUUCUCUCUUGUUUGAAAUAAUGCUUGACAAUUCAGAAAUUAACCAAUGAUGUGCUGUGGAAUGUGAUGCUUGUCUUCAUAUAGUCUCACAGUUUCUCUUUUUAAUGCAGAUAGUCGUAACCUUCAUCUUGCACAUACACACACACAAAUUACUUUAAGGUGCAUAGCACAAAGAUGUAUGCAAAUAACUGUGUUAAAUCAGGUCUGGUAACUGAUUUAAAUAUAAAUCACACUAGGAACAAGUAGUUUCCAUAUAUUUCAGGACUUUUAAACAGACAAAAUAAAACAAAACUGAGCAGUUGUGGGUUUGCGCUAUAGGAUGCCAUCAGCCAUCAAUGGGGCGUCUUGCCUCUGCCCAUCGCUCCGGGAGUCUACUCUGUCGUGGAAAUUGUGCCCACCCUCAUCUGUGUGUUGUAGCCACUCACUGUUUGCUUCGAGUGUCUAUAGUAACUGCCUCUGGACUCAGGACAGUGAGUAGGAUCAAAAUAAAUACUGUACAUGGUGGGGAAGGGAAAGCCUGUUGGAGAAGUUUCUAGUCAAACACGCUCUGGACCAGCAUGUUGGAAUCCAGCGUGGGCAAAAUGCAGUAAAGAUUUGGUCCAUUUCUGUA